GAACAGGCUCCCCAAUACAGCACUGAGAGUGAAACACAAUUGAGGAGAGGAGGCUGGACUUUGGACAUUUCUUUCUGUGUGCGUCCAUGCAAAUGAGAAACAUGGAGCAGAUCACCGACUAUCUCUGCAGGUAUAAAAACUUCACCUUUGCCGUUGGUGACACAACUCCAGAGUACCUCGAUUCUCUCCAGACCUUUGAAAUUCGAGAUGGUGACGUAUUCCUUGUCACUUAUCCAAAGUCAGGUACUAUAUGGACUCAACAGAUCAUCAUCUCCAUAUGUGAGUUAGACGGCGCUCUGCAUGAAUAUGUAAACAACAUGGAGCAGAUGCCGUGGCUGGAGUUCAGCGUGGGUCGAGAAGAUUUCCCCCUACGACCCUCUCCACGGCUCUUCACCUCUCACCUACCCCCGGCUCUCGUGCCUCCGGGACUGAAGGACAAGAAGGCAAAGAUUAUCUAUGUGAUGCGGAAUCCAAAGGACAAUAUCGUCUCCUAUUACAACUUCAGUGGUAAAUGGUGCGACGUGGAGACUCCCAAGAGCUUUGAGGACUUCUUUGAGCAGUAUCUGACCGGCGACGUUGGAAGUUCAUCCUGGUUUGACCACAUCAGGGAGUGGCAUUCAAACAGAGACCAGUACAACAUCCUCUUCCUGACCUAUGAGGACAUGAUCUUGGACCUGAAGGCAGCAGUAACCAAAAUCUGCACUUUCCUAGGGAAAAACCUGAGUGAAGCAGUUAUUGAGCAAGUUGUGGAAAAAGCUUCAUUUGAGAGCAUGAAGAAAGACACAAAAGCCAACUACGAGUUUCUGCCACAAGAGAAGAUGAAGGGAGACUUCAUGCGCAAAGGUAAGAUCGGUGACUGGAAGAACACCUUUACUGCUGCUCAGAGUCAAAGAGUUGAUCAACUCCUUCAGGAGAGACUUGGUGAUCUGUCUCUGAAGUUCAUCUGGGAGUAAACGGAGAAGCCACACCGACCAUAAGAUAUUCACACUUAAUCCUGUAAGAUCCCCAAAAUUUAUGGAUACUGUCGGUCUUGCACUUACAUCACAAUAAUUAUUUAUAAUAGAGAUGCACCGAUCGAUCGGCUGCCCAUCAGUCUUAUAUUUCAGAUUUUUUUGCCCGGUCACAUUUACACGUGUCCCAUGACUGUUUUACAUCAGCACAGACAGUAAAGUCACAGCCUCACACACACACACACACACACGUCGUCGGUAUGGAAGUUCUUCAGUGAAGACAUAAAUCUCACAAUUUAUCACAACUGUAAAUCCAAAAUAAGCCGUGGAGGAUUAGAUCAGACACUUAUAUUAUUGUUAUUCAUUCCCAUGCAUCCUGCUCAGAGUAAUCCCAGUAAUUGUAAUCACUCUACUCAGUAAAAAUGAGUAUUGGCAAAGGCAAAUAGAGUGAUGCAGGGAUGAGGUAUUUUUAUAGUCCAACCAGGAAGUUAGCAUCACCCUGGGUUUUGGAUUAUUGCGGUAAUUGAAUUAGUUGAGUCGGAGUUAGCAAAAAAAAAAUCGUAAUUGGCAAGUCAGACUUUUAAGAAAUCGGCCAAGAAAAUAGCAAUCGGUGCAUCUCUACUUGAUAACCUGUUUGGACUUCUGUACUGGGAAAAAACUAAGACAUGUGAGCAGAAACCACAAAUAAACACAAUUGGCCAA